AUGACGUCAACCACACCCAGUGUCUUAGUGCCAGCACCUAACCUCGGCACAGCCGAACCCCCAUUGGCCAUCAUUUACAACCUUCGCUCCGGCAACAUCAGUGUCAAUCCGUUGCCGGCAAACUCGGAUUUAGCUCCUCAAGACCUUUCUGAGUACCGUCUGACCGUCCCAGUGACGACGGUUCGUCGAAAGUCGGUGACUCUGUCGGAGGACGAUAUGUGGCGUGGGUGGCCUUCAAAAUCUGGGCAAAAUCAUCGAAGCGAGGAGGAGGAAUCAGCAGCGACUGUACCGCGUAGAGGAGGUAGAGGUGGGAGGAAUAUCCAACGCCAGGGUUUCGGUACCGAGGCAUGGAGGAUUCAAAAUCCCACUCUGGUGGAACAAGUCCUAGAAAUGGAGGAAAAACUUCAGUCCUCUUCACCCCCUUCCCAGCCACGAUCGCCAACUGCAACCACAAUGCACUACUCCCCACCACGGAUUGUGAAACCGAAGAAGGCCUCACAGAGUGCCAAGAAGAGGGCUUUUGCACCGAAAGCCUUCACGCUAGGUGGUAGACGUAUUGAACCGGUGCAUUCAGAUGAGGAAUGGUUCCUUGAACGACUGCUAAGGAUCUUCGCUCUCAUUGCCUUCGUGUUGACUCUGCCUUUCUCCCUCCUCUUCUGCUUUAAAGUAAGUAUUCCUACAUUUUAUUCUUCCCACUCAUUCCAUUAA